CUCUCUCUCUCUCUCUCUCUCUCUCUCUCUCUCUCUCUCUCUCUCUCUCUCUCUUUGAUCGCAAAUUGAUCACAUGAGAUGGGGAGCAAAGGAGCUUCGCCAUCUUCAUCUCCAUCCUCCUCCUCGUCCGUCUGUUGCAUGUGCGGCGAUCAUGGCCUGCCGCAGGAGCUCUUCAGAUGCAAAAUCUGCCAUUUUCGAUCACAACACAAAUAUUGUAGUGAUCUCUAUCUGAAGGUCGACACCUACCGAGCAUGCAAUUGGUGUUUAAGAGAGGAUGGAGGGAAAUAUUGCUCAUUGCUCGAAUCAAAUACAGAUACCGUCAACUCAAAUUCUUCUUUUUGUUCGUCAUCGAACGGAGGCAUGGGAGUCAGCCGAGGUUCGUUCUCUUCGAAUCUCAACAAGCCCAUCAAGAAGCAAAGAGUUCCUCAGAGAUCGUUAUCUGACGUGAACGAGAGGAUGAGAUCGAAGGAGAUCUCUCCGGGGUUGGGGAGAUCACGGCAAGCAUUUAGAGGUAAGGUCAGACGGUACAAGUUGUUGGAAGAAGUCUCAAGCUAAGUAGACAGCUCAACAUUUGUAUGACUUUCUUUACACGUGCAUAAAAUUUGCAUAGAGAUUAUAUGAAAUUAAUGACAAGAAGAAGAAAUGGAACAUUGUGUACAUAUGAUGGUGAAGAAGAAAAAGGAGGAGACAAUUUGAGCCCCACAUGACACACGACUAGUUACGGAUAUUGCGGAGUGAAUUAUUGAGGAGCCGAAAGGAACAUUUGGGCUGGCAUGGGAUCAUGACUAGAGAAAUUAAGGGCCAAAAAUUUGGCAUAUGAUAUGUACGGUUAAAUGUACAUACUCCUUUUUAUACUAUGGUGAUGUGAUUUAGAUCUGAUAAACUAUUUUAUUAACACUUACAUCCAGUUAAACUCAAAUAAUGAUACUGCAAUUUAAUCUUUUCCCGCUAAUAUGUAUGAAUGCAAAAGGUGAUUUAUCGUCAAGUGAUUUUUAC